UGCUUCUCCCUGGCCAGCCCUGACCCGCUCUCUCUCGCAGGGCCCAUCUCCACGGUGGUGGCUGCAGCCCCCUCCGACGGGCCCCUGUCAAACGGGGUCUAUGUGCCCCCCAGCGUGGCCAACGGAGAUGUCAAACCCGUGGUCUCCACCACUCCCCUGGUAGACUUCCUGAUGCAGCUGGAGGACUAUACCCCCACGAUCCCAGAUGCUGUCACAGGCUACUACCUCAACAGAGCUGGAUUUGAGGCCUCUGAUCCACGCAUCAUUCGUCUCAUCUCACUGGCUGCCCAGAAGUUUAUUUCGGACAUUGCUAAUGAUGCCCUGCAACACUGCAAGAUGAAGGGCACAGCUUCCGGCAGCUCCCGCAACAAGAGUAAGGAUAAGAAGUACACACUGACCAUGGAGGACCUGAUGCCAGCGCUUGCAGAGUACGGCAUCAAUGUGAAGAAGCCACACUAUUUCACCUAGUGCCUGAGCUGGGCCUGCAGCCAUGCCUGGGGCCUGGCCCCUCGGGUGAAGGGCGGGAGCUCUUCUCUGGUCUGUUAUUAAACAGUUGAUGUUG